AUGGAUUCAAUUCGUCGUAUACGUCCAUUUGAAAUCUCAGCUGAUCGAUCUCGGUUGCCAACAGAAUGGCUCAAGUGGAAAAGAGAACUACAAAGAUAUUUUGAUGCAUGUGGCGUAACUUCACAGUGGGAAAAACGAUCGCAGUUAUUGCAUUUGGCGGGGUCGGAAAUCCAGGAAAUUUUCGAUCAUCUCCCCGGGGUUGAUCAAAUUCCGCAUGUAGUUGCUGACCCACCUUAUUACGAUGUAGCUAUUCGAAAACUGGACGAGCAUUUCGAGCCCAUGAGAAGACGGAAUUACGAGCGCCACUUGUUUCGGCAGAUUGCUCAGAAAGAAGAAGAGAGAUUUGCGGACUAUGUGUUGAGACUUCGUAUUCAAGCUAAGCGAUGCGAAUUCGAUCGGUAUGAUCCAAGGGAAAUUGAAGAUCGAAUUAUUGAACAAGUAGUGGAGACUUGCCGAUCAAACGAGCUUCGACGACAGAUACUUGCUAAAGAUCUGGCGCUAGAGGAUAUAGUUAGUUUGGGGACUACACUGGCGGAUGUUCAGUUGCAAAUGAAAGAACUAGAUCGAACUCACGCCGAUCCCAAGCCGUCUGGUAUUGUUAACAAGGUUUUCAAGCGACCUGGUUUGGGAAGACAGAGGCCAAGUCAAAUGUCAGGUUAUACUCUCAACAGAGCUUGCUUCGCGUGUGGACGUAAAGGUCAUUUGAAAGGUGACAACUUCUGCCGUGCGCGAAACGCGAAGUGUCUCAAAUGUGGGGAAAUAGGCCAUUUUAUUAACCGUUGCUUGAAGCGCAUAAGUCGUUAUGAACCGGAAACUGUUCAACCAAAACGGAUCAGACAGAUUGGAGAUAGGGCCGAAAAUCAAGACAAGACACAGGCGAAUGAAAUGAUUUUCUAUGCUAUGGGUAAAAAUGUUUUCGAUUUUGUUGUGGGUGGUGUUAAGAUACCAAUGGUAAUUGACUCAGGAGCGGAUGCCAAUGUUAUUGAGGAAGCUACGUGGAAGCGUGCCCAAGAAGCUGGCGUAAAGAUCACUGAUAUGUCAUCAGAGGUGGAUCGGAAAUUGGUCGCUUAUGCCACAGAGCGGCCCAUGAAGAUCAAAUUCAUGUUCUGUGCGAUGGUGGAAGCUGGACCUAACUCGGUUAAUGCAAAAUUCUACGUUGUUGAGGGAGGACAACAGAAUCUGCUCGGCGACGCUACCGCCAAAGCGCUAAAAGUGUUGAAGAUUGGUUUUGAUGUGGGCGCAGUGCAAGCUACGGAGCGCAAGGUUUUUCCUAAAAUAAAAGGCAUUGUUUUGGAGAUCCCAAUUGAUAAAACAGUACAACCGAUCCAGCAGGCUUACAGGAGAGCGCCAAUCGCUUUGGAAGAACGUAUACACGAUAAGUUAGAAUACUUGCUAGAGUCAGACAUCAUUGAAAAAGUGGAUGGUCCAUCGCCUUGGGUUUCACCUGUGGUUCCCAUCCUGAAGGCGUCAGGGGAUAUCAGACUGUGUGUUGAUAUGCGUCAGGCCAAUAAGGCAGUUCUGCGUGAAACGCAUCCGCUACCUGUGAUGGAAGAGCUGCUUGCGGAUGUAGAAGGAACUGUGAAAUUUUCAAAAUUAGAUGUCAAGGAUGCGUAUCACCAAUUGGAGCUUUCAGAAGAGUCCAGAGUGAUCACGACUUUCAUAACGAAGUAUGGAUUGUUCAGGUAA